AUGAAAAGGUCCGGGAGUUUUGAAGAAUCCAUCGGCAUUCCCGAAUCUUCAUCAACACCAAAAAAGCUAAGAAUUAAGAAACCAGACGACUUCGAACUUGUUCACCCCGAUUCCGUCACAUCCUACGGACAGUUUGGAAAAUGCGUUGGACCUGAAUGCGACGGAGUACCCGCAAAGACAGUCGAAAUCAACGACGAGAGACUAUGCGUAGAGUGCGUGAAAAAGAAGCAUGGCCACAGAUUUCUUGACAGAACAUUCGACAAGACCGACGCGGAAUUCAAAUGCCCAGCUUUCAAUACCGACGGAAGCUGUAAGUCGGAGAGAAUCUCUUUCCGCGAAUUCUACCUCGGAUCUUGCUGUGAGCAAGCUUCUAAAUGGUUGACAGAGAAUGAAAAAGCGAAGAGAAAGAAGCUCGAGGUAGUCAAAACUCUCCAUGCAGAAAUCAAGCAAGAGAAAAUCGAGGCAAAGAUCAAAUUUGACGAAAAGGCGAAAAUCAUCAAGCGUAAGGAGCAAAAUCGAGAAGUACUCAAGAGAGAAGUAGAGGCGGCUAUGAAAAAGCUAGAGGAAGCAGAAAAAGAACUUGCGGACGAAAAGAAAGCUCAAGAACCGAUGGAGAGAACGCUGGAAGACAAAGUUCGAGAGGUGAACAUGGUUGUGAAGCGCUACAAGCAGCUUUCUUACGAGUACCAUGAGGUCACAGGCGAAGAGGACAUCAAAGAAGAAAAAAAGAAAACAGGUUUUUUCGACUUCUGUCGUGUUUGUAAGGAAGAGUUCACUGAAGAAUCCCACGGUUGGUUUAGCGUCCAUCGAGUGGUGCUUCGACGAUGCGGUCAUGUUGCCUGCCACAGAUGCCUCGUAAAUAUCCUCGAUCCCACGGAUGACGACUUCCCAUACGAAGACAGGGGACGGUGUCCUACCUGCAAACAAUCUUUCGGAGAGGAAUGUUUGGUCGACAUAUACUCGUUCGACCAGUGA